AUAAAAAUUUUUAUUUGGCUGACAUAUCUAUAAUGGUGCGUGUUUUUACAAGCACUAUUAAUCAACUUUUUGGGUUCUUGCUAGUGAUAACUUUUAUAUGUCUAUGGAUUAUGCUUUCUUUGAAUGAUAAUACAAAUUUUAAAAUUAGUAUACGGGAAAUUCACGGAGUCGAAAAACACUUUUACGUGAAAUCUGGCAAGUGUAAAAUUCCCUAUGUGGAUCCCUUUAAUGAGGAGUUCUUGAAAGUCAACAAACCGACGAUGUUUAUACCUUGCACCAAUGAAAGUGAUCUGAUUACGGUGCAUUACGAUGACCUUUUAAAUCAAUAUAUGCUGCAUAUUAAUGAAGAGGUGGUUCAUAAGUUGUCCCUGACCAACAGGAGUGACUUUGCGUGCUUUUACCAGAAAAUUAUUUACGGUCAAUCACCGGAUCGCUACGACAAAAAAGGAAACAGAACUAAGCUGACUCAGGACUAUUUGGUGCCAUUGGAUGUGGAAGGGAUGCUGGUGGACUGCAGGACAGCGGACGCGAUGAGAACCCUGCAAAAGGACGCGUUUAUGUUUGUCCAAUACCAAGAAACUCAUCAGAACAUACAGCCCCAUCGAAAGCCCAGUGUCAUUAUGUACGGCAUAGAUACUGUUUCUCGCACAAAUCUGCGUCGCAUGAUGCCCAUGAUAUACGAGUUCCUUAAGUCACCUGGAUGGUUCGAAAUGAUGGGAUACAACAAGGUGUCGGAUAAUUCUUUUCCCAACAUAUUUGCUAUGCUAACUGGCUAUUCGCCGGAAACGGCAGCCACUCAGGUUUGCAAUACUGAUACUGAUGGGUGUUUGGAUAAAAUACCCUUUAUAUGGAAAGACUUCAAGAAAGAAGGCUAUUUGACGGCCUAUGCUGAGGAUGAGGGGUCCUCGAAUACAUUUAAUUACCUGAAACCAGGCUUUUCCGUAAAGCCCACAGAUUAUUACUUUCGCCCCUUUAUAACGGCCCUGGAAAAAGAAACUCUAAUCCAAUUUUGCCCUGGUUGUUUUAUGAAAUACUGCCUGGGUCGACGGCUGGCCAACAGCUACAUCUUCGAUUAUUGCCGCCAGUUUAUGCAGCGCUUCGUGGCCGAUCGGCCCAUUUGGGGCAUGUUCUGGUCGACUCACUUCAGUCACGACGACUUCUUUAUGCUAUCGGCCAUGCAGCACAAGAUCCUUAACGACCUGCUGAAUUUUGAGAAAGACGGAGCUUUUGAGCAUACGAUUAUGAUAUUUUUCUCGGACCAUGGAGCUCGUUAUGGUCCCCUGAUGCGUAUGAAGGAAUCAUUUCUGGAGCAGCGGCUGCCCAUGAUGUUCAUUUACCUGCCACCCUGGUUCCGCAAGAUGUAUCCGCAGUAUGCCGAUGCUCUGUCCCAGAAUCAGAAGCGUCUGAGCUCAAACUUUGAUGUGUACAGCACGUUAAAGCACAUCGUUAAUAUAGGAGGACCACUGGAGGUCAGAAACACUUCCUGGUCCUUUGACUGCCCCCAGUGUCAAUCGCUCUUUUAUCCGCUGCCCGAGAAUCGCAGCUGUUUGCAAGCUUCCAUAGCGGAGGCCUACUGCACUUGCCACAACUACCAGGAAGUGGAGGAGGAGCAAUCAUGGACCUGGCGCAUGGCCGAUCUGGUAGUGGAUCGCAUAAACCACUACCUCCGGCAUAACCACAUCCAGCAUCUGUGCAGCAACCUCACUCUGAAGACAGUCAACAUCACCGAACAGAGAAUGGACGAGGUCGAGGGAGAUGAAAGCCGACCGAUGGGAAUGCGACACUAUCACACCAAGUUCCAGGUUCACCAGAACAUGGCCGAGUUCUUUGCCACCACUCUCUACGACGUAGAAACUGAAGAACUAGAGAUAAAUGUUGAGCUCAUCAGCCGCAUUAAUAGGUAUGGAUCCGAUUCGGUAUGCGUGCCUAAUAAGAUACAAAAGUUAUAUUGCAUAUGUCUAUCAAAAUUACGGACAAUAACAUAAUAAACUGCAAACAGUUACAAAAUAAAAUA